AUGGUUAUCCAGCCCUCAAUGCCAAAAAUGAAUUUUGGAGAGACCCAUACUGAAAAUCUAACAAGUGGACGCUACACUCUUUUGGGAACAGCAGAAGUCCGAAAGCACGAGUGGCUGUUGUUAACGAUUGACUGUCACUCAUUCUCCUCAGCAUGUAAUCAGGUGGGCAAGUUGCGAGUCCAGGAAAGCGACAGGAAGUUUGUACUACACAGUGGACUGCAAGUUGGCUGCUCUCGUGAAAAUACCCUGUGUGAAAAAGCAGCUCAGGCUGGAAGACAGGGUCCUGAAAAGAGGCGCCUUGCAGAGCAGUUUGCUGCUGGAGAGGUCAUAACCAACAACAUGUCUAGGAAGGAGUGGAAACUAGGAUUGCCUGUUAGCCAAGGUGGCUCUGGCUGCAUCUAUCUGGUGGAUACAAAUUCUUCCUUACCCGCUGGCAGUGAUGUGCACUAUGUUGUGAAAGUGGAACCCAGUGACAAUGGACCUCUUCUCACCAAAUUAAAGCUCUACCAGAGGGCUGCUAAACUAGAGCAAAUUCAGAAAUGGAUUCGUACACAUAAAUUGAAGUACCUUGGUAUUCCUAAGUAUUGGGGAUCUGGUCUACAUGAUAAAAAUGGAAAAAGUUACAGGUUUAUGGUAAUGGACUGCUUUGGGAGUGACCUUCAGAAAAUAUAUGAAGCAAAUGCCAAAAGGUUUUCUCAGAAAACUGUUUUGCCGCUAAACUUAAGAAUGCUGGACAUCCUGGAGUACAUCCGUGAGCAUGAGUAUGUGCAUGGGGACAACAAGGCCUCCAACCUGCUUCUGAGCUACAAGAACCCUGACCAGGUGUAUUUGGUAGACUAUGGACUUGCUUUUCAAUACUGCUCAAAUGGAGUACAUAAAGAGUACAAGGGAGAUCCCAAAAGGGGCCACGAUGGACACAAUGGCGUGGCCCCAUCACAGUGUGGCAAUUUGGAAAUACUUGCCUAUCACAUGAUCCAGUGGCUCAGCAGCUGUCUUCCUUGGGAGGAUAACUUAAAAGAUCCUAACUACGUUAGAGAUUCCAAAAUUAGAUACAGAGACAAUGUCGCAGCUUUGAUGGAGAAAUGCUUUCCUGGGAAGAAUAAGCCAGGUGAGAUCGCUAAGUACAUGGAGUCUGUGAAACUACUGGACUACACCGAAAAACCUCUCUAUCAAAACCUACCCGACAUCCUUUUGCAAGGACUAAAAGCUAUAGGAAGUAAAGACGAUGGCGAAUUGGAUUUGAGUGCUGUGGAGAACAGAAGUGUGAAGACAAAACCAGCCUCAAAGAAGCUGAAGAAAGAAGCAGAAGAAAGUGUUAAGUGUGCUGUGGAAGACAUGGAGUGCUCAGAUACACAGGUGCAGGAGGCCACACAGACACGUUCACGAACCAGAAAGAAAGCCCAGAAGUAA